GGAAAGUUGUUUCGGAGGAGGAGAAUUAAUCUGUAAAUCUGAGUUCGUUAGUGUCGCUUUAAAGAAAAUCCAGUCCGAGACUGCGCAAGAGGAGCGAAGCCGCGGCGUUUCUGCGGAUUUGUAGAUUAUCGGGUGGAUCUGAUGCGAAUUUCUGGAGUAUAAACAAACUUCUCGGGUGUGGAUGGUCAAUGUCAAUCAGUCUCCUGGAGUCUAACGGGGUUUUAAUGUUUGUUUUUAUUUUAACGGAAUAUUCUCUCUCCUCCAGGGGUUUUAGCAGCACGUGAACUGAGUCUUUAGGGUGUUAAAGUUCACAAAAUGUGUGCAACUUGACUCUUUAAAGGGAUUGCAGACUCGCUUUAAGGGGCUAAUUCACAUUUCUGCGGGGGGCUCAGGUUCAAUCUGCGCGGGUUUCCCCGAUUGUGUUGGUUCUUUGCGAUUGAACUGCUCUGAUUCCAGUCAUCUGGGGUAGUUUGCUGUUCUGCUCCUAAAGUUGCUGAGUUUCUCGUCACCAUACAGAUCACCGUCGACGGAAACAGAACUUCUUGUUUUUGUAGUUACCAAACUUGUCCUGCAGACCUAACAUGAUGUCAUGACACGUUCAGGCCUUGAGCUGCAGCAAGAAACCAUGUAAAACGCCCUAAUUAUGGUGUUUAUUUUCUUACCAUCUCUCGGAUAGGCGGUUUGAUCUUGAGAGAACCAGGUCUGCGCGUGCAUGGCGAUCAGGAGCUUCUGUAUUGUGUCCUGAGCUGUGAACGCACAUACUGCACGACUGCCAGAGGAAACAGCCAUCAGAGCCGAGACUUGCGCAACCACUGGGCAGAGAAACUGCUCUUGUUACUGUACUGGCUGCAGUUACACUCGAAAGAAAGAGGACCGAGCCAAGUGCAAUGGAAUAAAUUUGUUUAACUUUUACCUGCGAGUUUACCUGAGGACCGAGAAUAUGAUUUAUCUGAUCCCGAGAGACUGAGCGGAAGAAAACCAGUCUCACUUUGGAAUGGUUAGGACAUUGGUUUCUUAGAGAUUUUUGCCGUUUUGGUUUCUACUGCAAAAUAAUGAACAACAAAGAUCGAGUUUGGAGCGCUUAACGUCACAACGCUCGGUCCAGAAUGAGUGGCGGAAAGAAACGAAGCGGUUUUCAAAUCACCAGCGUCACGUUGGACUACAAUCAGGGCUCUGGAGAAAGCCAUCCGGCGGAGCUCCUCAGCCCUGGAACUCAAAGAGCCACGCCCCCUUCUGCCAGAAACCCCGCCCACGGGAGGAGCCCCAGAAGCCAGACCGCAUCGCCCACUCAAAUCCUAUCCAAUGGGCUGUCUCUGCGCCAUAACCCCACCCUCCAGACGCAACAGAGCUCCAGUCAGCCGGCCACGCCCAUCACGGCUAGGAAGCAGAGUUCACUAGACGGGGCAUCGCGUUUCCGCGUCGUGCGUUUGGAUCAAGGACCGGGCGAGCCGUAUAAACGCGGCCGUUGGACGUGUGUGGAUGUGAUGGAGAGGGAAGCCGAGGAGUGUGGGCUCCGCCGCGUGAUUGACAGCAUGAGACACGCCCACUCGCUGGAGUCCUUAGAGACGGUCGGGCUGGGCGGAGCCGAAGGAGCAGUGGUCGGAGCCAGACUCAAACCGUUGGGCGUGCAGGCAGGUCACAUGGUACACUCGCAGGGCACCACCCACCUACUGACCCAAUGCCGAACAGACUCCGCCCACAGCGGCCCGCCCUCGCCCACACACGACACACCCCGGAUGCGCAACAUACACGCCCCACUGCGACUCGACAUGGACGCCGUCGGCAAGCUCCGGACCACUCGCUCGCAGCCGGCGUCUCCCGGACCUCACCCGAGUCGGGACAGUCACUUCUAUCCAUCGCUGACGCCCAUCCAGACGCCGUCCGCUCUCGCGCUGGCGCAGUCCAUGCUCGGCAUGAGCCAAGCCUUUGAGUUUGUGGGAGACGACGGCGGAACUAACAGCAGCAUGAUCGCCAUCGACAACAAGAUAGAGCAAGCCAUGGACCUGGUGAAGUCUCACCUGAUGCUGGCGGUUCGAGAGGAGGUGGAGGUGCUGAGAGAGCAGAUCAAAGAGCUGUCGGAGAGAAACGCUGAGCUGGAGAGAGAAAACUACAUCCUGCGAGCGCUCCGGGACAGAGACUGAGCCAAGUGCAUCAUGGGAGAUGUAGUUCAGCGUGAAAAGGGAUGGAACGGUUAAACGUGUGCAGUAUUGAGCGAUGAGUGCCUUAAAACGCAGUAACAACUAAUCAAGAAAUUAUUCAAUAAUGUUGAUGACGCCCUAAACAGUGCCUAUAUUUAUUACUGCCAGUGUGUGUGUGUGUGUGUGUGUGUGUUUGUGAAAGCACUGCUCACACAACUAGGUUAAUGAGUCUCUUUAUGUUGCCAU